UAAGCCAUCGGGCUACUGGGCAUCUUUCAUAACCCAGCUACAGAUCACACCACCCGUGCCACUGGAACCUCCUCGACUGACUGUACAAGAACGCACCGCGAGGCAAGCCGCGUUAGCAGCGAAAAUGAACAAGGGCAGCACGGCUAGUUCGAAGCCGUCGAGAGCGUCGUCGGGCGGACAUCAAAUCGCUCCUCCACGCAUACGUCCGGUCUCCGCAUCAUCGUGCAGCUCCAACCCUCCAAGUCCUCCUUCCAGCAUCGCUUCCGACUCUCCUACUUCUGCGUCCGCCGCAGCAUCCCAGCCCAUCACUCAAGCACAAGAUUCUGCUCCAGCAGAGUCUUCCUCAUCCGCAAUGACGCCUUCCGAGCCUGUAGCAAUGUGCUCCAGACCUACACAGACUACAGCACGCCCUUGACGAAUGCUACCGCGGCGCCGCAGUACCACCCACUUCCAAGAUAGUAAGACGGGGUGCCCGUGCAGGUUCGGCAGCCACGUCUUAUGAUAUAGCCCGGACGCGAGGAGAAGAACAGGCGAAGAUGAAGGAGGAGGGAAAACAAAGAAUCAGGCAGAUUGUCAAGGGGGAGAAGAGGCGCGAAGAAGAGGAAUCAGUAGACGAGUAGAAGCAAGGCUGGUAGAGAAAGCUGGCAACAAGGAAGGAUGAUGCUAGAUACUUUCGAUGCAGCUAAUGUCAUGAUACCGGGGCUACGAUGCGCAAUAUUGUGAAUCGCGAUCCUGAAUCCUGU